AUGGCAAGUGGGAUGAUUCCUUUUCUAGUUCUUCAACUCAACAAGGAUAACUACGGCAAUUGGAGCAUAAGAAUGAAAGCGUUGCUUGGGUUGCAAGAUGCAUGGGAGAUCGUAGAGAAAGGCUACACGGAGCCACAAGAUAAGGUCGCUCUAUCUCAAGCACAAAGGGAUACUUUGAAGGAUGCAAGGAAGAAGGAUAUGAAGGUGUUCACCUUCAUCUAUCAAGCCUUAGAUGAAAGCAUGUUCGAGAAAGUAGCUUGUGCUACUGCAAGUAAGGAAGCAUGGGAGAUCUUGCAAAACUCCCACAAAGGAGUUGAGAAGAGGAAUGGAGAAAAGUUGAAUGUCACUCGAGUAAUUGAGAAGAUACUUAGGUCUUUAGCUUCUAAAUUUGACUAUAUAGCUGUAGCCAUUGAGGAAUCUAAAGAUCUAGAUAGUAUGAGUGUCGAUCAACUCAUGGGAUCUUUACAAGCCCAUGAGGAAAGACUAAAGAAGAAGGUGAAAGAAGAGCCAUUAGAGCAAGCUCUUCAAACAAAGCUCACUUUGAACGAGGGUGAAGGAAGGUUCGAUAGUAGAAGCCAAAGAGGAAGAGGACGAGGCCAAGAUCAAGGAAGAACUGCAUUCUAUAAGGAGAAAAGAAGACAAAGCUCAUUCUUCACCUGA